AUGCCGAGCUAUGUGAAAUUCCUCAAGGACAUACUUGCCAACAAGAGGAAGAUUGGGGAGAAUGAAACGGUCGCAUUAACUUAUGAGUGUAGUGUGCUUUUUCAAAACAACAUCCCCACUAAAAUGAAAGAUCCCGGGAGUUUCACAUUGCCAUGCUCGAUAAGGGGAAAAGAAGUCGGAAAUGCACUGUGUGAUUUGGGGGCAAGUAUAAACCUAAUGCCCUUGUCAAUCUUCAAAAAGCUAAAUAUCAACAAUGCAAGACCCACCACGAUUACGUCGCAGUUGUCCGAUAGAUCAAUAAUGCAUCCUGAGGGCAAAAUAGAGGAUGUACUUGGGCAAGUAGAUAAGUUCAUCUUCCCUGCUGACUUUAUCAUAUUAGAUUAUGAAGCUGAUAUUGAGGUGCCUAUCAUCUUAGGUCGCCCAUUUCUUGUAACAGGGCGAGCACUGAUCGAUGUAAUAAAAGGAGAACUUACCAUCAGGGUCGACGAUCAGCAAGUUAAGUUCAACGUUCUCAAUGCGUUGAAAUACCCGAGUGAUAUGGAAAAUUGUCAAUAUGUUGGGGAAUUGCAGGAAGAACAUUGGCAUGAGCCCCUAGAAGAAUCGGAAGAAGAAGACUUUGGGAUCGGCGGAAUGUGGGAGGAAAAUUGCGCCGCAAUUCCAAUUGAGUAUGAUUUUGAAACAAUCAAGUUAUCUGAACGAACAACGCAGCGUACUAAGCCAUCUUUAGAAGAACCACCCAUGUUAGAGAUGAAGCCGUUUCCAGUGCACCUCAAAUAUGUUUAUCUACAAGGCAAUAACACUUUACCGGUUCUUAUAUCUGCCUCGCUGAGCAAAGAGAAAGAGGAAGCACUUAUCUAG